UGAGAAGUCACUUUUCAAGUAUGGAAGUCAACAGUUUUUUCUUCGGGCUUGAUGAUCUAAUGAAGGAAGGUGAAUUCCGAUGGGCUGAUGGCACGUUAUUGAGCGAAACGGGAUAUUUUCAAUGGAUUCCCGGUAACCCGGAUAAUAAUUUAGGGAGCGAACAUUGUGUGGAAAGGAAUGUUUACCAUGAUGAUUGGAAUGAUCGAUCUUGCAGCGUUAAACAGAGAUUUGUCUGCGAGAAAUCAAAAGUACCUCCACUUCAUCUGAUGGCGAUGACGUCAACACCUUUCGGGAGUACCGGGAACACUCCAAGUUUCUCCUGCAUUGUCUCAUCUGACAACACACAUGAUUACAUAACCUACACAGAAAGAGCAGUUAGACCAAGCCUCACGACAAAUGGGUACACACUGAACGUACCGGGCAUAGAAGCACCUCAGACUGGUGGAUUUACGCAGAACCUUCCUAAUGGGGCGACGUCUGUUGGUGUUUAUGAGUGUUCCAGUACAUAUACAAUUACUGGUUCUUCAACAUCAGCAGAUGUGACUAUACUGUCGCAAUAUAGUACGUAUAAUAAAUAUGAACUUAGAAUAGUCUGA